GGAAGUUGGUCAAGCUUACGGCCACGUGUAGGCGGGAGAUAGAGUUGUAGAUGAAAGAACAUUAUUCCGGCUGCACCAUAUAAUUUUAGACGAAACUAAAAAUUAACCCUUUUCUUCUUUCUCUUCUCAGAACCUACUUAUCGAAGUCCUGCGUUUGAUUCAGUGUCGUUUGUGGAAGAAGGAGGAAGAAGAAGAAGAUGGUGAAGGUAGCGACCUACUUCGCUAUGUCACUUGGAGCUUUCGUGUUCUGGCAAUCCAUGGAAAAGGUCCAUGUUUGGAUCGCUCUUCAUCAAGACGAAAAGCAAGAGAGAUUGGAGAGAGAAGCAGAGAUUAGGAGAGUGAGGGAAGAAUUGCUGCAACAAGCCAGACAGAACGAUAUUGCGUGACCGCCAUUGCCUAAGGCUUUUCCUUUAAAACACUUCAUGUGGUUUUCUGUUUUUAUUUUUACUUAUGAAUUUUUAUGUUAAGGGUCGAUAGGCUCUUGCAACAUUCUUCACUUAUAUAAAGUGCAUCGUUCUUGAGAUGUGCAGUUAACUUCGUUUUGUUGAUUUUUUUUUUCAUAACAAUUAUCUGUUGCUUCGAUUGCUAUGUCAUCUAGCUGAAAUAAUAAUUACAUGGUCAGAUAUUCUGUGUU